GCACCGCCCCUCUUCCGGUUCCGGCUUCGCUCCUCUUCCGGUUCCGGCCCCGCUCGGCAGCCGGAGCAGCAUGUUCCGCAUCGAGGGGCUGGGGCCCAAGAUGGACCCGGAGGAGCUGAGGCGAAAGAUGCGUCGCGACGUCCUUACGUCUGUCCGCAACUUCCUCAUCUACGUGGCGCUGCUGCGGAUCACUCCCUUCGUCCUGAAGAAGCUGGACAGCGUGUGAGCUUUUUGCGAGCUGCACGGAAGACUCGGCUUCUGAAAACGCGCGGCGAACUGCUUUCCUCAUUGUUAGUUAAACGUUGUUCCGGAGGCGGGCAUCCGAUCCUAAAUAUUCCUUACCAUGGCCGUGCGGGCAUAUUCACGCAGAGAGCGAUAGCGCAGCGGGAGGUGUGGGGCAGAUGUCCGUUGUGCGUGCAGGUACUCGCCGAGCACUUUGGAGCUUCAGCAGUGUUACAGUGGAACAAUUCGGGUACUUUUUUAAAACACAUUCGUCUUCCGGUAUGAAGUCUGAAGCAUUGGCAGGUUGCUCUGUUGUGCACCUGCCUCUAAACUGCCGCGUGCUAUGGCUAUCGAUGUCCCCAAACCUGUCUGUAUAAUUACUUUGCUACUGAAUCCAGUGCAGAGGGAGUUUGAUUUUAAAUAAAUGGGAGAGCAGUUCUGUCAUGUAA